AUGAGUGAACUUAAUGGAGUCGUAGACGGUAACAAGAAGAUAAAGACCUUAGUGUUCGAUGCUGGUCCAUUAAUUACGCAAACAGCAUCUUCGUUACAACAAUACGCAUAUAACUAUUAUACCACUCCCGGUGUACAUAGUGAAUUGAAGGAUGACAAUGUUAGACAGCAGUUAUUGAUCUGGGACGACAAGCUUCAAGUGAGACAACCUAAACCACAAUACAUUCAGAAAGUGGUAAGUUUUGCGAAAUUAACAGGGGAUUACGCUGUUUUGUCGACAAAUGAUUUGCAUAUCAUCGCAUUAGCGUAUGAGUUAGAAUGUGAAGCAAAUAAUGGGGACUGGAGACUUAGAAAGUAUCCAGGGGAGGUUUUAGAGCAUCAAAAGAAAGUAGACCUGAAACAUGGGACGAAACCAGAAGUAGAGCUUAAGGAUCAAUCUGAAAAAAUUUCUAGCACCGAAAAAAUCGAUUCGAAGUCAGUACCUGAACAAGAGGAAUCGACACAAACUGCUGAGGUCGGUAAGAAGAAGCCACGCCGUAGAGGAGGUAAGAAGCAAAGAGCAAAAAGAGAAGCGCAGUUACAAAAAGAAUUAGACGAAGUACAUGUGGAGGAUGAUGAUGAAGUUGCACCUACUGUCUCAACCGAUCAAACACAAGAUUGCAGCAACGAUUCUGUGAUUCCAGACGUUACUGUUUCAGAAGAAUCCCCUAAGGCAGAGCCAACAGAAUAUGCCAGUGAAAAACAAGAAUUGGAUGAAGCUUACGAUGAGGAAGAUGAUGAUGGGGACUGGAUCACACCAGAAAACUUACAAGAGGAAAUGGUAAAAGAUAAUAAUGAACAGAUUCAAGAAGCAUCUUCUUCAGAAAAGCUGGGACCAUUCAUUAAAGUUGCAUUAUCGACUGGUGAUUUUGCAUGUCAAAAUGUUGCAAUGCAAAUUGGUCUUAAUUUAAUGAAUGCUAUGUCUGGUAAGCAAAUAAGAAGAGUCCGUAAUUAUAUGUACCGUUGUUAUGCUUGCUUCCGUUUAACACCUAUCCCUAAAAGUGGAAAGCCAAAACAUUUCUGCCCAAAGUGUGGUGGUAAUACUUUAUUGAGAUGUGCCGUUUCUAUCGAUACCACCACUGGUAAAGUCACCCCUCAUUUGAAAGCAAAUUUCCAGUGGUUUAAGAGAGGUGAUAGAUAUACUUUGCCUUCUCCAUUGUCUAAGAAUCAACAAAGAUUGCAAGGAAAGGCUGGUUACCAGCAUAAUAAACAAAACCGUCAUAAGACUUUACAGGAACCUCUUAUCUUGAGAGAAGAUCAAAAAGAAUACGAUCAAGCUGUUAAGAAUGAUGAGUGGCAGAGGAGACAAAAUGAUAAGAUGUUGCAACAAUGGAUUGGCGGUGGUAGUGCUGAUAACUACGUCUCUCCAUUUACUACAUUACAAAAUAUAAGACCGUCGGGCGUGAAAGUUGGAAAAGGCCGUUUUGUCAAUUCUUCAAAGGGAAAGAGAAGCUGA